GCUUUUAUUUUAAGAAAAAGAUCGUCUCACAGCAUACCACGACCAGGAAUCCGAUACUACAUAUGCUCGCUCUCCGUACGGACGAUCGUUUACAAAGGCCAGUUGACGGCGGAUCAGUUGUGGCUCUAUUUCCUAGAUUUGAAGACUGUUGGCACACAAUGGGGAGAUAAACACUCUAAGAGGGAACGUGAAUCUGAUGAAGGCUCGCGAAGGAGUGAUGAGCAGCAAGCUUUACGGGGAACAACUGAAACAACUUUAUCCUGUAGUGGAACCGAAUCUCUCGGAUUCAGGGGCCGUCGAUUGCGUCUUGGAAUUUUUGGUAAUGGUGGGGCAACGAUCUCUACCAGAGGCAGUGAUGACAAUGGUACCAGAAGCGUGGCAAAAUGACCUGACCAUGGCAGCGGAGAAACGCGACUUUUAUCACUGGGCUGCUUGCGCGAUGGAACCCUGGGACGGUCCUGCUCUUUUGACAUUCACAGACGGACGUUACGUUGGCGCCAUUUUGGACAGAAACGGCCUGCGCCCGUCGCGUUUCUACGUCACCAAGGAUAACAUGAUGGUGAUGGCGUCCGAAGUGGGCGUCUACGACACUCCGCCCAGCAACGUGGUUCUGAAG